AUGUUUAAUUGGUUUUUUGGUAGACAAAAUGAAAGUAACGUUAAUGAAGAAUUAGUUAAAAAAAUUGUUCUUGAAUUAGAAGCAAAAAAAAUUGAAAGAGAGAUAGCAUUAAAAGAAGCAUUUUUAGAACGAGAAAAAGCUUAUAAUUUAGCUAGAAAAAGAGAGUUGUUUCCUUGGGCUUUUACUACAAGUCUUUUUCUUUCAUUAGUUUCUAUUUCUUCUUAUAUACAACAUAAAAAUAUUAUACAUCUUUUACCAAUGGGAGUGAUAACAGGAUACUUAACUUAUCAAGCUCAUGAUGCUUUUGGGAAUAAGGAAGAAAUUAUAAUAAAAAAUGCUUCUCAAUUGUUAGAAGAUGAUGAAUCUCGUAUAAUAUCAUUUAUUCCAAUUACUAUAGAAGAAAUAAAUAAAAGGAAAAAUCAAAACGAAAGUGAUUAUUUCUAA